UUGGAGGAGUACCACGGCGAAAUAUGAAUGGAUUUUUCCAACUCAACGCGACGUACUACAAUGAGUUCAAGCAAGAAGUGGGCACCGGAGCAUACGCAGGUGCACCCGCGCAGCAACAGCAGCAGUCCGGUACCGUCGCUGUCGCUGGCGCUGCCCAGAUAGAUCCACUAUCGGCAGAAGCACUCACCAAAAAUCAGCGACGAUUCCUCAAGGAAACGGACGAGUCGCGGGCAAGGCGCCUGGCCAAAAACGCGGAGCGAAUGCGCCAGAAGCGGGCGGCCGAAACGGAAGAGCAAAGCCGGAAGCGCAUGACCGAAAACGCCGCACGUAUGCGGCGGAAACGGGCGGCAGAAUCGGAAGAAGACUAUCGCCAGCGGAUGGAGCGCUACGCAGCGUUCAAGAUGACCGAGGACUACCAACGGCGGCUGGCGGAGAACGCCGAGCGCAAUCGACGGAGAAGACAGAACGAGUCCGAGAUGGAGCGAAGCAUCCGCCGGGCACGGAGUGCUGCCCGGGAACGCUUGCGGCGUGCAAUGGAAACACCGGAACAGCGAGCCGUCCGCCUGGGGAAGCUGGCCGAGCGGAUGAGGAUUACACGCGAGCGGCUGUGGCACACGAUCGAAACACCCGAACAGCGAGCGGUGCGAUUGGCAAAGCUGGCCGAACGGAUGCGCGUUGCUCGGGCCAACGAAAGCCCCGAACAGCGAGCGGUGCGCCUGGCGAAGAAUGCGGCCCGGGCGCGGCAAAGGUUUCUGAACGAAUCGCCCGAACAGUGGAUCGCUCGGAAGCGCAAGAAAGCCGAAUAUGCACGCCAGAAACGGGCCGCGGCCGGGGACAUGGCCCAGGGAAGCCAUGGCACCGAUUCCCACUUACACCCCGGCCAACAUAAUGGCCAUCUGUCGCAGCAGCAACCAACUACUUCGCUUGAUCCAACGAACUUCAAUGUUGGACAAACCCCGACCACGUUACCGGAAACCCUCCUGCAUCCGGGGGUGAGCCAUUCGACGAACUUGCCUAUGCCGAGCGCCACCUCGUAUGUGAUGAACCUGAAGGACAAUCACAAGCUGACGGUUUCGCCGGCAAAACAGGCUCACGGAACCGAGCUACACUCGGACGCAGUGUACUCCACGGCAACGGGGCAGAUCCAUCACAUUUUCACCGGCGCCGAUAUCAAGAACGGGCAGCACUUGCUCAUGCAAGCGGACCCCAGCUGUCCGAACAGUUUGUACAAGUUCCACAUUCUGCCCCAUCCAUUUACCAACGUAACAAUGGCCUCCGAUGUGCAACAUGCAACCAGCGACCAGCAACAACAUACAUAUAAGAGCAAAUAGACCGGGGUCCCACCGGGUGCUCUGCCAGGUGCAGGGCACAAUUGGGGCCACCGUCGGGCCAAAAAGCGGAACAAGCUACGACGGUUUCGUAAUUUCUCGUCAAAUGCAUUAGGCACAGUUUCAACGACUCUGUUGCAGCCUAUGUUCCGUUGCAUUAACCUUGUGUGUCGAAAGGAACCCAUUUUUAGAGUGCUACCCACGCGGCUUCAGUUGUUCAGCCCGCUUACGAGUUAGUUUUUUAAUUUUAUGCCCCAUCGCCCAUACAAAUAACGUGUGUAAUAAUCGAUCUUUUCAUUUAUUUAGUGCGCGCUAGGACGAUUAAUUUGCUAGCCAUUAUUUGAAACCGUAAAGCGGUAGAUUACGUGCAAACUGCGAGAUAAAUAAACUUGUACACACUCCGGUGCAUUCCAAA